CGGCUCCACGAGGUCGCGAACCAGGUCGAGGAGGUCCGCGCGAUCAUGGAGAAAAACGUCGAGAUGAUCCUCGACCGCGGCGAGCAGCUCGAGAGCCUCGACGCCAAGUCCGAGGAGCUGUCCACGGCGACGGGCAUGUUCCGCAAGCAGGCGCGCAAGCUCAAGCGCUGGCACCUCAUGAACCAGGUCAAGUACGGCCUCGCCGUCGGCACCAUCGUGACCGCGUCCGUCGCCGUCCCCAUCGCCAUCCUCGUC